UCUCGUCGCGGAGCAGCUCGAACCAAGCGUUUCACCGUAGUAGAAUAACUUUGCCGAGUUCGCCGCGGAACGUCGUCCGUAAGCAUGAUCCCGACGGUACGAAUCGAGUUGAGAGCUCGGCACGCAGGAUCGGUGGGACGCGAUCCGCGAUAUCAGCAUUGAUUCACCCGUGUCGUCGGGAAGCGCCAGGGUCACGUUCCCCUCGAUGCCGCGUGCAGAGAUACCGCGAGGAUGCCGCCGAGCGAUGACAGAGCGAUGACCGGGCGAGCGAGCGAGCAAGUGAGCUACUGUCUCUUCCUCAAAAAUUUAAUCUCCUUACCACCUUCGCGCCCCCGCCGGCGCUGGGUCCUUGUUGCAGGCACUGGCACUCACCGUCAUAUGGGAGCUCUCCUGUCGUUGCUACGUUCUGACUAUAAGCAGCAGCAUCCACCAUCGACGAAGAAGCACCGUUCUUCCGCGCCGACGGUGAUGACGCGUUCCUCCAUAGCUAUCACGAACAGACGGGCGAGCAACAGCAAUGCUGGCGACCAUAAUAACUACGACGAAGGCAGCGGCGGUGACGGUGGCGGCGGUAGUGGCGGACGUAGCGGAGCGUCCGCCCGUGAAGUCGUCUUCCCGGACUCGUUCGAGGUGUUACCGCAGCCGCACGAUCUCAAUGCUGUCUACAUGGGUGUACCUCAUGAGCAGCAACGGAAGUUCCGUUGCCGUUUCUGCGGUAAGGGCUAUCGCUGGAAGAGCACGAUGCGUCGCCACGAGAUGGUGGAGUGCGGCGGCAAGCCGCCGGCUUUCCAAUGCCCGGAGUGUCCCUACAAGGCGCGACAGCGCGGCAACCUAACCGUACAUUUUAAACGGCAUCAUCAGAAAAUAGUUUACGAUGAGAGCGUUUAAGGACGUGAACGCGAUCGGCUGAACGCACUCUCGUAGGUCUUCCUCUAUCCACAUUCAGAGAAAGAAUUGAGGCUCAGACACAAAUGAAAGGAAUGAGGGACAAAGAAUUCAAUAUAAGAGAAUUAGGAGCGAAGAAUUAAGUUUCAAUGUAUGGAUAACCGUGCUCACAAUAAAGGAAUAGGGAACUAAGAUUGAGAACACUGUCGAAAUUCUAUUUCUUAUAACUUGUAUACGGGAAAUAAGAAUUAGCUGCCAUAACUAAAACUAGCUGUCUAUAUAAUGCAACUGAAAUUUACCAAACCUAAUUACUAGCUGUGAGAGCUAAUUA